CAGUGAUCUGGGGGAAGCGACAUACGGACGCCGCCGUGUAGGUGUGCCUGUAUGACGCCGCCGUGUAGGUGUGCCUAUAUGCGUCGUCAUCUCUGUGACAUUCGCCUCCGGCAGCGCGCUCAUCACUGAAUUUUUUGUAAUGUGUCAUACGCACUAGAAGUAGUCUCAGCAGAGUUCCAAAGGAUGCGGCAGCAGAUAGCGGCGCUUUUAGCGACCGCCGGGGUUUCGGGUCGAGAGACCCAGAACCCCGUGGUGACCGGCGCCAUGGAGUCCACGUCGCCGGAUCUUGGCGAGGUGGCCAGUAUGCUCGAGGACAUGCAGAAGGGUAUUCAGCAGCUGCACGAUGAGGAUGCCUCGCUGUACGAAAAGGAAGCCUGUCACUGCGAAGAAGAGACUUCAAAUCUGGCCGAACCGGGGAAGGGCGUGAUUCCGUUGGUAGAAGCUCGUUACGGGCCGUUUGUGUUUUCUUUUAUGUUGUCAUUUUCUUUAUCUGCGCAGUGUGUGACGCCUGGGUAGGUAAACAGAGCCAGGGUAGUGGGUAUUUGCAAGAACGGGUUGAGUAACAUCCCACAUGUAUGAUAACUCAAACCAACUAAAAUACAAUUUCCAGGCCGUCCUCGCCAUCAAUGAGGCCAGUCAGACGAUUAAAGAGAAGACUGCCUUGAAAAAGGACGAGGAAGAGGAUCUUGCGACCAACACCGAGGAGCUUGCUGCCGUCCGCAAAUUAGAGAAGGAGCAAUCUACGGCCUGGGCCAAGCGAAAAGCUGAGCUGGAGGCUAAUAUUGCAGAGUCCACUAUCCAAGAAAAAAACUGUGUGAGUGUAACUUUGUGUUGCAGAACAUACAACAGAGUUACACCUGUCAUGCCAGACAGCCACGAAGUCCUAUUUUCAUGUGUGUUUUCCCGUACAAGCGACGCAUGACAGGUUUUCUCUGUCAUGUAGAGCAAAUUUGUGAUGCUGUUCCCCAAAGAAACUUACACCUACACACUUUUUUUCCUGGAUAUCCACACAGGCAGCCAACGCGUUAGCCGGCGCCACACAGAAAUUGCAGUCGGAAAAGCACGCUUCGAUCCUCAAGCUGGUUGAAGACAUGAUGACGGAAACCAAAGGUACAUGCUAGCGCUCAUUUUUAGGUUUUCUAGCUCUUUCCACAAGCAUCUCAUUUGUACUGGAAGCUGUUUUCAGUUUCAUCAAUUUCCAUUUUAACACCGACCGCAGACACUCUGAAGACCUACAACACGGAGAAGUCCACGGAGCAGACUGCUCGCGACGACCAGAACGUGGCCAACAUUAAGACUGAGGCCGACGAGAAGGAGCAGAUCCGCCUUGGCGAGGAGUCCAUCGCGGACUGCAAGGAAAAGAUUGGCAAGGCCAAGACCAAGUUGCUCGACAACGAGGGCGAGUUGAAGGACGCGCACCAACAGCUCGCGGACCUGACCGCGUUUUGCGAGGCCCAGGCGGGAGAUUGGGACAAGAUGUCCGCCGAGCGCAAGAAGGACUUCGGCGUUUUGGUAUCAACUGUAAAAAUGCCUGGGUCUGGAAGAAUUCAUGUUUGUCAUGCUUGUCUGGCAUGACUAUUAAAUCUGUCACGCACGUUACCCAAGAGCUCCGCUUUUCUGUGAUGCAGAGGCGCAGCUUGUCAUGCAGAAUAGGCAACACCUAGGAGCUCAGAAACUUGCCAUGCUGAGCCAGCAUUUGUAGCCUCAUCAUGAGACGCUACCCAGCAUCACAAGUUCCCAGACCCAGACAUUUUUCCUUUUGAUAUUUGGAGGUCGCGAUCAACGUUUUGACGUGCGGUAAGGAGAAGUGCGGCGUGGCGCCGGACGAGACGAAUUUUGCCCAAGUCUCCUUCCUGCAGACGUCGAAAAAGGCCGCAUUCUUGGCGAAGUUUUCCCAGAAGAACCGUUCUCACAUGAAGAAGCUGCAGCAGUUAUCCUGAGUAAAAACGUCCCCACCCCAGAGUCAAGAUGGGGAUUUUGCAACACAAGCCAUGAAGUUUUGGGAGCCACGCAUGACAAAUUGCAGGCUGUAUUGUAGUGCAGUUUAGCAAGGGAAGUCGCAUUACAAAUCCAUCUGCUUAUCCUGUUUACAGCAUUACAAGUUCCAAAACACGAUCGGGAAUGCCUAUCAUGGAGAUGCGCAUUACAAAUGCACUUGCGCUUGCAGAUCUGCAUGACAGCUAUGGGGUGGGGACGUUUUCAAAUACGAUAGCAGUCCGACUCCGCCAAGAGAAACGCUGUGCGCUCUUUGGUUCGCUUCGGCGAGCAGAACGGAAUGAGCGAGUUGCUGCAGUUCAAGAGCGUGUUGAAAAACCAAAAAGACCCGCUUCUGGGGGCGAAGAAUCUGUUGCGCAAGCUGAUCGAGAAGUUGACGACGGAGAUGGCGCUAGACCAGGGCGAGAUGAACAAGUGCUCUACGGCGUUGGCGGAGUGCACGACCAAGCGAGACUUCGCGCUGGAGGAAGUCAGCAAGGUGAAUACUAUAUCAAGAUGUGCAUAUUUUCUUCAAAUCCGAGCGCCUUUUUCUUUUUCACUCGCUGAAGUCACCUUCUGGGUGACUUUGACCUUUGUUACUUCGGGGUUACGUUUAGGGCCAUGAGUUAGAAUUCAAAGUCGCGUUCGAAAAAAAAACACGAAACCCAACAGUUGAAAGUGGAGGCCGAGGAGCUCGGAUUGUCGGUCGAAGAGGACAAGAAGGAGUUUGGCGAGCAAGCUAUCCCACAGAAAAAGACAGGCAGGUCAGAUUUGUAAUGCAAAAAUCAAUACACAAAAAAAUCUGCCAUCGGCGAGCCCAUAGCAUGCUGUUCAGGACACGCAGUGCCGAUUUUUUUGUCUAUUUAAUUUUGCAUUACAAAUCUGAGCUGCCUGCUUUUUUCUGUGUGAUACAAGCCGUCGAAUACAAGGAGAACCAGGACAAUGCCAACGAGAAGACGGAGGUUGUCAUCCCCGAAAUGGAAGAGGCGUACGCGACCGAGAAGCAGGAGCUGACCAAGCAGAAGACCUGGCUGCACCAGGCCGUCGUGAUUCUGCGGAAGCACUUUGGCAUCGAGGAGAACGAUUUGCGGUCGGGCAGCAAGGACUCCGCCUCCGGCCUCACUGAGGGCGUCACGGAGAAGUCUACGUCGGCCGGAAGGAAGGUAAAUAACCAGGGCCAGACCCAAUCGAUGGGCCAAACGGUCGUUCACAUGCUGAACGAUUUCUUGGAGCAGCGCACGGCGGAACUGAAAGGGCUCCGCGAGGCGCACAUCAAGGCGCUCGCCGGGGAGCGCAAGCUGAAGCAGGAUCUGUCCGCAACCGCAGGUGCUGCGAAAUCCAGAACCGAAUACUUGCUGGCCACGAUCGAAAAGGAAACCGCUGAAUUUAACGAAAAGAUUGAAGAGCUGCAAGCUCGGCUGGACGCCGCCGCGGUCAACGGGCGCUGUGUCCAGAAGCUGGAGCCGUGUGGCGUGCAGACCGACAUGCGGGCGAAGCGCGAGGCAGAAAUGAAGGCGCUCAAGGAGGCUUGGGACAAGCUUGCGGAGGGGACCGAAGCGGUGCGACCGGCCACCUGGGAGUAAAUAGCGGCAGGGAAAGCAGGUUUUUGCUGGUGCAUAAAAUUUUUCGCGCCUUGUAGUAUAGAUGAUAGUGUGUGCGCAGUGUUGUGACACUGAACAUCAAGAAUCCGCUUGCAAUUUUCUUGAAAUUGCCUAUUUGCAGAGAAAAUUUUGAUUUAGAUUUUGUACGAUUCAUUUAGCGGAUUUUGGUGCGUUCCGGCUCAGCCACGAGUUGUUUCACUCACUUUGAUACUUUUUUCAUCAUUUAAUACUUGCAACUAAAGACAGACUUUUUACAUUGAUACUGAAUACUUGCUAAUCGAAAUCGAAUACUUGUAACUAGUGGUCUACCUGAUUUUGAAUACUUGCUGAAUACGUUUAGAUCUAGUUCACGAGCGCGUUGAGACAGCGUUGACUGGCUGCUCGGAAGGCAAAUAGAUUUUGCUUUGGCUAAAUGAAUGAUUGAUACCCAGGCGGUGGAAAGAAAAAUGCAAGCGUGUUAUGAUGGCAAGUAAUGAUACCCAGCAGCGUGACACGAGGCAAAUUCUGACUGCAUAGGCGACAUUUGUCGUGUAAGGGUCGGCGCAGCGUCUGUUCGGUCGUACCUAGCAGGUGCGAGGACGCGUGCCGCGGGCGCUGGGGCAAGCACGUGAGAAAUUUUUGUCUCAGCGCCAGAUACUAGUUUUGUGCUGUAGAAAGGC